CAAAGGGAGAGGGGGGCGCAAUAAAAAAUAAAAGCAAAGCAAAGAUUUGAGAGGAGACGAAGCUGCGGCUGCUUCCACUGCUGCUUCUUCUCUCUCUCAAUUCGCACGAUUAACACGCAUCCACACAGCCAAUAAUGGGUGUAGAAUUGGAGACUAACAAGGAGCAGAGUGGCCCAACAGCUCCACUCAUAUUGGGCCUUCAACCAGCUGCUCUACUGGACCAUGUUGCCAGGGUUGAUGCAUCUCUCCUCUCCCAGAUUCCUGGUGAAUCUGGUGGAUCUUUCCCUGUUGAUAUUGAAGAGCUCAGACAUAUUCUCAAUGAGCUUAAUACCCAUACUCUCUCUUCCACUGAUGAUAAGUCUGCUACAAAAACUAUAGCUGGUGGCAGCGUGGCCAAUACUAUUCGAGGACUGGCUGCCGGCUUUGGGGUCUCUUGUGGAAUUAUUGGAGCUUUUGGGGAUGAUGAGCAAGGGAACUUGUUCGUGGAUAACAUGAGCUCUUACGGAGUGAACCUCUCAAGAUUGCGUAAGAAGAGCGGACACACGGCCCAAUGUGUUUGCCUGGUUGAUGCAUUGGGAAAUCGUACGAUGAGACCUUGUCUCUCCAGUGCUGUUAAAGUCCAGGCAGAUGAAUUAACUUCUGAUGAUUUUAAAGGUUCAAAGUGGUUAGUAAUGAGGUAUAGUGCAUACAAUUUAGAAGUUAUACAUGAAGCUGUUCGAAUAGCCAAGAAAGAAGGCCUUUCUGUGUCCCUAGAUUUGGCCAGUUUCGAGAUGGUUAGAAAGUUUAGAAUACCACUUCUACAGUUAUUGAAAUCGGGAAAUAUUGACCUGUGUUUCGCCAAUGAGGAUGAAGCAACAGAACUGCUUAGGGGAGAAGAAAUUGCUGAUCCUGAAGCCGCACUUGAGUUUUUAGGCAAGCACUGCCAAUGGGCUGUGGUGACUUUAGGCCCCAAUGGAUGCAUAGUGAAGCACAAGAAUGAGAUAGUUCGAGUUCCAGCUAUUGGCGAAGCAAAGGCAGUUGAUGCUACAGGAGCUGGUGAUCUGUUUGCAGGUGGAUUUUUAUACGGGUUGGUAAAAGGGCUAUCGGUUGAGGAAUGCUGCAAAGUGGGCGCAUGCAGUGGUGGGGCCGUCAUUCGUUCUCUUGGAGGUGAGGUGUCACCGGAAAACUGGCAGUGGAUGUACAAACAUAUGAAGACCAAAGGACUAUCUAUCCCUUCCUCAUCAGUAAUGUCAUCUGAGUACUAAAACUGAAGAGUUGUUUUGAUUGUUUGUCAUGCAUAGUGACUUGGUACUGUGUAAGCUGCAUUUUUGGACAUGAGUCCUUCGCCUAAUUCUAUAUGCAAAUUUUAAUAUAUAAGAAUUCGAAUGCUGGUUGAUUGGAUCAGUUGAAACGGGAAAUUAGAACUGCCAAAAUGAGAGACGAACGUUGAUCACCCAGCAGUAGGAUGCUACAGUGAAUAAUUUAUUUAAGCAUGUAAUAAUCAUUUAUUUAUUUACUGGUGCUUAGAGAGUGUGUGU